UCCCCCCCGCGGCGAGGAGUCGGCGGCGGCCGAGGCUGAGGCGGCGGCGGCGGCGGCGGCGGCGGCAGCGGCGGGCGGGGCUCGGCUCGGGCUCCGCGGGCGGGCGGGCGGACAUGGCGGCCAACAUGUACCGGGUCGGAGAUUAUGUCUACUUUGAGAAUUCCUCAAGCAAUCCGUACCUCAUCAGAAGGAUAGAAGAACUCAACAAGACUGCAACUGGCAACGUGGAAGCAAAAGUAGUGUGCUUUUAUAGACGACGAGAUAUUUCCAACACGCUUAUAAUGCUUGCAGACAAGCAUGCUAAAGAAAUUGAGGAAGAAUCUGAAACAACAGUCGAGGCUGACUUGACCGAUAAACAGAAACAUCAGUUGAAACAUAGGGAACUCUUUUUGUCGCGCCAAUACGAAUCUCUGCCCGCAACACAUAUCAGGGGGAAAUGCAGUGUUGCCCUUCUGAAUGAGACAGAGUCAGUAUUGUCAUAUCUUGAUAAAGAGGAUACCUUUUUCUACUCAUUGGUCUAUGAUCCCUCAGUGAAAACACUAUUAGCUGACAAAGGUGAAAUCAGAGUGGGACCUAGAUAUCAAGCAGACAUUCCAGAAAUGCUCUUAGAAGGAGAAUCAGAUGAGAGAGAACAGUCAAAAUUGGAAGUGAAGGUUUGGGACCCAAAUAGCCCACUUACAGACCGACAGAUUGACCAAUUUUUAGUUGUAGCCCGUGCUGUUGGGACGUUUGCUCGAGCCCUUGAUUGUAGCAGUUCUGUAAGGCAGCCUAGUUUGCAUAUGAGUGCAGCUGCAGCUUCUCGAGACAUCACCCUGUUUCAUGCUAUGGAUACAUUGUAUAGGCACGGCUAUGAUUUGAGCAGUGCAAUUAGUGUCUUAGUACCACUUGGGGGACCUGUUUUAUGCAGAGAUGAAAUGGAAGAAUGGUCUGCCUCUGAAGCUAGUUUAUUUGAAGAGGCAUUGGAAAAAUAUGGCAAAGACUUCAAUGACAUACGUCAAGACUUUCUCCCUUGGAAAUCAUUGACUAGCAUCAUUGAAUAUUAUUACAUGUGGAAAACUACUGACAGAUAUGUGCAGCAGAAACGUCUAAAGGCAGCAGAAGCUGAGAGUAAACUGAAACAAGUGUAUAUCCCAACUUACAGCAAACCAAAUCCCAACCAAAUAUCCACCAGCAAUGGCAAACCUGGUGCUGUGAAUGGAGCCGUGGGAACCACAUUCCAGCCGCAAAACCCUCUCCUGGGGCGAGCCUGUGAGAGCUGCUACGCUACACAGUCUCAUCAGUGGUAUUCUUGGGGCCCACCUAAUAUGCAGUGUAGGUUAUGUGCAACCUGUUGGCUCUAUUGGAAAAAAUAUGGAGGCCUGAAGAUGCCCACCCAGUCGGAAGAGGAGAAGUUACCUCCUAGCCCAGCUACCGAGGACCCGCGAGCUAGAAGCCAUAUGUCUCGCCAGGCCAUGCAGGGGAUGCCAGUCCGAAACUCUGGGAGCCCGAAGUCUGCAGUGAAGACCCGUCAAGCUUUCUUCCUUCACACUACAUAUUUCACAAAAUUUGCUCGGCAGGUCUGCAAAAAUACCCUCCGGCUGCGGCAGGCAGCAAGACGGCCGUUUGUUCCUAUUAAUUAUGCUGCCAUUAGGGCAGAAUAUGCAGACAGACAUGCGGAUCUAUCUGGAAGUCCCCUGAAAAGCAAAAGCACGAGGAAGCCUUUGGCAUGUAUCAUUGGGUAUUUAGAGAUCCAUCCUUCGAAGAAACCUAAUGUAAUUCGAUCUACACCAAGCCUGCAAACCCCAACCACCAAGCGGAUGCUAGCCACCCCGAAUCACACGUCUCUGAGCAUUUUGGGGAAAAGAAACUACAGUCAUCACAAUGGCCUGGAUGGAGGCACAGACAAGAGCGCCCGAUGAAUCCCCGGGUUUAUGUUGUUCAAGACCUUCAACCUUGUUAAGGAAAAGACACUUGUCUCAGUUUCAGAGGAACCGUAGCCAUUGCACUUUUCUCAAGACCCAUUUGUCUCUGCUUCCCUGUCGUGGUGCAGAGAGGAAGGCUGAUUACCUGUGCCUUACCUCCAUUAUCUCAUCUGAUUCAGUUGACAGAAGGUUCCAGGUCAGGGGACUUGACUGUUUUGCAUACCAUGGUAUCUCUGCUGCCUGGCAUAGUGCCUGGAACUUAGCAGGUGAUCAAUAAAUGUUAGUUGAAUAAAUAAAAGUGAUUGAGAAAAAUGAGACCUGGAGAGGUGAAUUAAAUUUUCCAAAGUUACCAAAGUUGCAUAAAUGGGCUGGGGUUCCUAUUCAGGUGUGACUGAUUUCAGAGUCUGCUCUUUUACCCACUGUUAUAAAUGAAGUUGUGGCUCUCAAAUGUGCUGCAUUAGCAAAGUAGAAACUACAUAAGUUAUUUUAACAGCUCAUUUAAUAUGAGAAAUCAAUGUGAUAGAUGUUGAAGGACAGAAUGGGUAAACAGGGAACACUGUUGGACAGUGGGGUGGGGAGAAGAAACAACCGCCAUCACUAGAGCUGGGGGAACAACAUGGAGAAAUGGGGGUCAUCACAGCUAGAAGCCCAAGGAGCUGGGACUCAGACCCUUGAGGAAAGAACACUGCUCUGUCGGUGCCGGCAUCUCUCAGCAAGUGUGAUGAGGCUGCUUCUGGGAGUGUGAAGUGAAACUGAGAACUGAAACCCACUGCGGCUGACAGGAACUAGGAGAAGCAAGUCUCUUGCCCAGCCUUGCAGGUACCCUCUAGCCCACCCCACAUCACCUACUGGUGUAACAGGGAUCUGAAUGGCACAGGAGAAAAGCAUUUGCAGAGUCCCAACUGCACCCAGCAGCACAAAGCUGAGUUUAAGUAGAUGGAUGUGCAGCUGAGAGGCAAGAGGGUCACAGAAGCACAUACUUUAGAAAAUGUCCCCAUUUUUGUAUUCCCAGUGGACCUUUUCCUUGGGAUAAUGGGUCUAUUUCUUACUUCCUUAGUAUAUAAGACACUGACUCACCUGAGUUUCCAAGGUGAACUCAAAAUACUAGAAAAAAAUCUUAGGCUAAUAGUGAAUUUUCAUGGGAGAGUUAAUACCAUUAUACACUGGAUUUGAUACGGACAAAUUCAUGGAAGAGUCUUACUCUGUGUGAUUCAAUAAUAAAAUCAAUUAGCACUGCUAUGUAAUUAUCAGCAUGUCAGACAGAUGAGCUCACCAGACAGGAUGUUGGUGGACAGAACUCGUCCAGCUGGAAGCGAAACCUGAUUGUACUGGAAUAUCCAGCCAGGUCUCAGCUGUCUGCUGCUUCCUUCUGCUUCUUGCUCCCUUUGCUCAGCCUCCACCUUCAGUUGGAGGUUCUUCAUGGUGGGAAAAGAGCCUCUGAAUUCCUGCUGGUAGAUGGUUUUUUCAGUUCAGUCGCUGAGUCGUGUCCAACUUUUGCGACCCCGUGGACUACAACACACCAGGCUUCCCUGUCCGUCACCAGCUCCCGGAGCUUGCUCAAACUCAUGAUAGUUUUUUACCUGACGUUAAAAAAAAAAAAAAAAAAGACUGGGCAGCUUCUUCUUAUCUUCUGAAAGUUACUGUCUUUCACCUGGCCUUGGCCCUUUAAAGGCCCUGGUGUGACUAGGGCCUGGGAGUCAGCAUUCUGUAUCUUUUUAACCCAUGGUACUCAGCCACCCACAGACCUCUGUGACUGUCCUAAGGGAACUUAGAUUCUAAGGGUAAAAACACAACCUGCACACAUAAAAAGCCUCAUAUUUUGGAGUCAGUAUAGACCUACCCAGAUCCAUAUCAAUGUCCGUUUAUUUUGGUCUUUGUCGUCAGACUGUAGUUCCAGUGGUGGCCACAUGCCAUCAGAGUGCUUUCCAAAUCCUGCCUCCUUUUCUGACUUAGAGUUGACAGUCUUACUGCCAGCAAGCCAAACGCCUCCCACAUUCGGCUGACUUGGGUAACUCCAGUGGCUGUGAGAACACAAGGCCCUGAGACCAGUGGGGAUAGAAGAGGCAUUACCAUGUCUGGGAGCCCCAAAGGGAGGGCAGCAGGGGAAAUGGGAUUUGCCUCUGCCAUGGAAAAUAGAACAUCUGACUGUUUGGAGUGAGAUGGGAUGAAUUGCUGACUUCUCUGAUAAUUUCCUGUGUGACUUUGGGUAAAUCAUUUGGUUUCCAUAACCAUUUUUUUUCUUCUCUUCUGUAAUACAAAUACAGAUUUCAUUUGCCUUAACCAAGUUGUUAUAAUGAUUAAAAAUUUUCACCUACUUUAUACCACUUGAUCUUCCAAACACUUUGUGAGGUAGAUGUUAUAACCCUCAUUUUGAUAAUGAAAAACCCCAAGUUCAAAGAGGUGAAGGGAUUUGCCCAAAGUCACCCUGCUAGCAAUUAGCAGACAUGAGAUUUUAAACUCCAAAUCUAAGGUUGUUUCCACUGGUGAAUAAGGAUCCCUGAUCUGUGUGUUUAGUACAGCACGUACCUGGGAGACAUUUCUGUUUUUUUGUGUAUCAAAGCUGGGUUUGUAUUUGUAAACAAAGAGAGGAACAUAGAGGGCAUUUUUCUUUGCUUAGACUAUGAACCAUAAGCAAAGCCGUCAACUCCAUCUCUUGCCUCUGCAUAGCUCUUCUGCCUGUAUGAUACUCCCUCCUUUUUCUGGAACUUAGGGGAUAGGAGCUAUAUUAGUGUCAGAGAGAGGGGAGAAAAAAGAAAUAGAGAAAAACCACAAACACCUAAAGGUGAGAUAUGUUUCAAUUAUAUUUCCAGUAUCGACUCUGACGCAUAGUGAGUGUUCAUUAAGUGUCACCCUGGAAUAGGAAAUAGUAACCCACUCCAGUAUCUUGCCUGGGAAAUCCCCUGGACAGGGGAGCCUGGUGGGCUACAGACCAUGGGGUUGCAAAAGAGUUGGACAUGACUGAGCACGCACACAUAACAUUAUUAAGAUUUCAUCUCCUCCUUUAAAGAAGAGCCAUUAUUGUUUUAUUUUGAAAACUAUUAAGUUACCAAAGUUUUUAUAGUCAUAUGUGAAUUGUAUAUGAAUAAUGUCAAUGCUUUCCUUAUAACUUCAUUUCUUACCUAAAGGUAUGAUUCUCAAAACAAUGACUCUUGGAUUUGCUUAAAAGUAAAUGGAUAUGUUCCAGUGUAUAUUUGCACAUAGACAGGGCCAGUAUUUAUAAAGAAAAACUACCCUUGUUUAAGUGAUUUAGAAAAGUAUUCAAGAUAAAAUUAAGUUUAUAAAGAGGGCCCAUUUAGCUUCCUGAAGGUUCCUAUGAUUAGAGACCCUACAGCAAAGGGGAUAGAACAGCAUCAUCCUGAGACAGUGAAGUCUUUUUCAGAGUGAAGGCUGAGUCGGAAAAGACUCCAGAAGGACUGUACAGGUAUUUCCUAACCCCCUAAAGAGAUGCCCCGGGAUCACCUCCCUACCUAGUGUCAGAUGUUUGUGUUUUGGUAUAUCAGCGGAUCUUCCAUUGCACUGCACAGGGACAGCGGGCCUUCCUACUGUGUCUCCAUCUUUAUCACAUGGGGAUCUUUGAGAACAGCUUCUGCUGUGUAGUAACGCAGACCAAGGGAGCGUCCGCUGGAGGUGCUCUCACCCUUCCUCUGAGAUGGCAUGGCUUUUGUCCAGGGGUGCUACGGAAACAGGACUCUGUGUCAGGGAAACCGAAGCAGCAGUUUCAGAAGAGACGCGAGCUUUCAGUGGGACAGAGUCAGGGCCUGUGAGCCAAGGAAACUGAUGAACUGAUGUACAAUAAACUUCUUUUUAAUCUGCUCUCCUCCUGCUUAUUUCCCCUGAGGUUUGUGAGUAUACCGCAGAUUGUUAUCUUUCUUUUUGUUUUCUGCGUUGACUAAUAUAAUUUCUCAGUGUCUUUAUACAAUGAAGGGGGUAUCUGAUGGGGAUGCCUCUGAGUAUAAUACUAUGAUCUGGUAUGUGAAGACUGUCCUUUGGGUGACUUAUUUCUGAAAUCAGUGAUUCAAGAGCUCCAACUGUUUGCUUCCCACCCUGGGAAAUGGGUGGAGGUGAGGCCAUUGUACCAGUGAGAGAGCUCUGGGAAUGCAUCUGCUGUCUUCACAAAUCCCAAUAAAAAUAGACUGCCAGGAGCAGCUGAUGGCACUCCUAGGCAUGCUUAGGCCCGGGCUGCCUUCUGUCAAACAUUUUUCUGUCAUUUCAAAAGACUAUGAUUUUUUUUGAAUCUCCUAAAACAUUUUUUUUUUUUUUUUUUGGAAGAACAUUGAGUGCUCCUGGACUCACCUCUGGUCUCCUGUUCUCAAGCUAUAAUGUUAAAACCUGAUUAAAUAUAUUGAAGUACCUUCGAGUUUCUUUUUUUCUUCAGUUUUUAUAAUGGAUUAUUAUGGCCCCAGAGUUUAUUGAACGUGAAGCAGUUAUAAAAGAUUAUCUAAUGUAUCUGGAGAGUUUCAGGACGGUUAAAGCAUUAUCUGAGGGUAGCGGAUGUUCUCUCACACUCUGAAUCCAUAGGAGUGGGGGUUCUGGAGGAAGACUGGCCCUGGUACCUUAGGUGUGAGCAAUCAGUACCUUGGUGUUUUGGCAUAUUCUGGAAAGAUGGCAAGCUGGCCACCUCAGGGUCCAUUGCUGAGUUUAAUAGUAAAUAUCACAGUUUCUCCCAGAGAAUACUCUGCAUCCUGCCCCUGAGGAAAAUGCUAGUGCAUGAGCCUAUAAGUGGUCUAGGUGUCUAGGUUUAAGACUCUCAGCAAUAUGGAGGGCUUCGCUCGUAGCUCAGUCACUAAGGAAUCUGCCUGCAAUGCAGGAGACCCUGGUUCGAUUCCUGGGUUGGGAAGACCCCCUGGAGAAGGAAAUGGCAACCCACUGCAGUAUUCUUGCCUGGAGAAU